AUGUUCAAGAAGCCUUUGGGGAAUUUAAAGACUUCAGCACCCCUGCGUAACUCUGAUAGGCGCAAGCUGAAACAACGCAUUAUCCAAGCCUUUUCCCUCGAUCCAGAUGUCGGCGAGGAACUUGUCCCCGACGGUCUGAUGUCAGUCAAGUUCAAGACAUACAGUGACGAUCCAGGUGUGGUUUAUUUGGGACCUGGUGGAGACCCAUUGUGGUUUACGCUUGGGAUAGGCAGCGACGACAUGAUCCCGACUGUAUACACCCUGUGGAAGAAACCAGAUCUUCUCCCGUUUCUGUCUACACCAUCUGCGGUGAUUCCAGUACUGGUUGGUGGUUCAGAUCUCAUGAUUCCUGGAGUUGUUCAGUAUCCGCCAUCACUUCAAGCUGGGCAACUUGUCAGUAUUACGGAACAUAUUCACCAUUCAACGCGUAUUGGCCCUCCACUUGCUGUCGGGCACAUUGCAGUGGAUAGUGGCGUUCUAUCUGACGCUGGCGCAAAGGGAAAGGCUGUGUUUGUUCUGCAUGCUUGGAAUGACCAUUUAUUCGAUAUGGGACACAAGGAAAAUCCGCCGGAUCCUUGGGAGAUGAGCCAUACAGCUACGAAAGAUCAGCAGGUCAUACAAGACGAGGAUAUCAUAGAGAAUGAUGCAUCAAAAGAGCCAUUGGUUGAUACGCUGAGCUCUCGCCUGGAGGAGACGCAGUUGGAUGAUCCUGCUCCAAAAAUAGAACUGACGAAGGAAGGUGCGUUAAACUACAUUGAUCGUGUCUUCGAUCCCUCACCCCUGGCAGAUGUUUCGAAUAUUCUCCACGACGCACUUCUUCAGGCAAUAAAAACGACCCUAUUUAGCUCCCAGACCUCCGCGCUUCCCAUGUCUGCUAGCACAUUUUACUCGACUUACAUCCUACCCUCGCGACCUGCUCAAUCACCGUCUCAGCCACCCGCAUCUGCACCCAUUGAUAUCAAGCACUCAUCCCACAAGUCGCUUGCGUAUUUUCUCAAAUCAGCAGAGAAACAAGGCCUCUUAAAGCUUAAAGAGAUCAAAUCUGAGUUGAUGGUAUUUUCUGUAGCCACAUCACAUGCAGAUGUUGUUGCACACAGACCAUAUUUAUCUCUAAAAGAUGUGGCUCUCAGGAACGAGAAGCGUGGACAACGAGAAGAAGAGGAGCGGACGCGAGUCAAGGAGCUUGAAGUGACAGAGCUUUGGAAACCACAUCUUCAAUCGUUAAAAUUCUUUGCCGAGGCUGGAUUUGAUACAUCUGCCCGAUACACCUAUGCGGACAUCAAGACCGUACUUGAUAGGUACGUCACUGACCGACAAUUGGUGAACGCGCACGACCAAUCAUAUAUCAACGUUGGCGCGGACGAGCUUCUACGGACGACUAUCUGCCAGCCUGGCAAUUCAGCGGAUAUGGAGUUUUUCAAACGCGAUCAACUGAUUGAGCGCCUAUCAGACAAGAUGCAGAGUUGGUACAAGAUAUGCGCCGAGGGCAGGGACCCUGUGCUCAAGAAGGGGCAAAUCAAACCGAUAUCGGUGGUUGUUAAAGUCAGACAAGGUCGUAAGGCGACGACGCUAAUUACAGGCUUUGAGCCAUUUUUUUUGGAGGCGGUUACUCUUGCAGAGGAGCUGAAGACGAGAUGUGCCUCCUCAACUUCAAUUUCACCGGCCCCAGGGAAGUCGUCAGGCAUGGAAGUACUCGUACAAGGCAAACAGAUCAAGGAGGUAACAGAAUUCCUUACCUCGCAAGGUGUACCAAAGCGGUGGAUGCACACAGAGGGCGGGGGGAAGAAAUAG